GCCUUCCUUCACUCGAAGCCAUUCGCAGCCAACAUGGUGCGUCUUAUCACCCACAACAUGCUGGCGUGCCACGUCCGCAACUGCAACAAGGACAACUUUCCCCUGGCGUUCGCCGACGUCGAGCUCGUGGUCCGCGAGGCAGAGUUCAACCCCGACUUCCUGCGGCGUUUCCUGCCCAAGCUCGACUGGCCGGCGCUGGUCGACACGGCGCGCUCGCUCGGCGACGAGACGCUGCCAGACGACAUGCCUGCGUCGUGGAGCGACGAGCAGCUCAAGGCCCUGCACCAUGUCCUGCUCGAGCUGCACGUCGAGGAGGGCAGCAUGAACUGCCGUGGCUGCGGCCACGUCUACCUCGUCCAGAACGGCAUCCCCAACAUGCUGCUCGCCGAGCACGAGAUUGGCCGAUAGGGACACCCCAAACCAACACACCAACAAUUUCUAUAGUACAACCCACUCAUGUUGAUCAACCUACUGUAUACAUUAUUGAAUGUACAAUCCAUGCAUAGUGACC